AUGACACCUAGUGCCAUGGAUGGCGAUAUGAACCUCUCUUUUGCCGGUUGUGGCUUUUUAGCCAUAUAUCAUGCCGGAGUUGUUGCUGCAAUACGUGAGUAUGCUCCUCAGUUGAAAAAUAAUAGAAUGUCAGCGGCAUCAGCUGGUGCUAUUGCUGCAGCAUGUUUUAUGUGUGACGUGGAUGUAUCAGAUUCAACGUCAACAUUCUUAAAAAUCGUUAAAGAGAUCUCAUUAACCAGUGAAAUCGAACACAAUAACGUGGUUGUUUCGGAAUUUGAGAGUAAAGCUGAACUGAUACAGGCAAUAUGCUGCAGUUGCUUUAUUCCAUAUUACUGUGGCCGGAAGUUCCCUUUAUUCCGAGGGAAACGGUAUUUCGAUGGAGGUUGGUCAGACAAUCAACCAAUCUAUGACGAAAACACCGUGACAGUUUCCCCAUUUUCUGGAGAAUCAGAUAUUUGUCCACCAGAUUUGGAUAGUGCGAACUUGUUUGGGUUUUCUUUUGCUGGCACGUCUAUUCGAUUCACCUUCAGAAACUUCUAUCGUUUAACAGUGUGUUUAAUGCCACCUUCGAUGGAAGUAUGUUCACGCAUUUGUAGACAAGGAUUCGAGGACGCCUUGAGAUUUUGUAUUAAAAACAAACUAACAUCGGACGCGCGUUGUCUAACAAUACUUUCAAAUGCGAACAUUUGUCCUCCCGAAUGUCCUCCUUUAGUUAGAAGCCGUAGUGCAGCUCACUCGGUGAAACCAGCCCCCUUGAGUGAAGUGUCGAAGCCAAAUCGUUUGAGUGCUCAGAAGGAUGGAAGCCUCAACUCAAGAGUUUCAAGCCAAAUUGCUGAUCUUUUUCCUGAUGUUCUUCGGAAAGUGAUCGAAGAAGCAUAUAAUGAUAAUUCAUUCUUUGGGUAUAUUAACAGUUUCCGAUUGGUUCGAUGGUUCAGGACUGCAACUGUACCAUUUACUCUUCCUUUUGAAGUCUUUAUGGUUCUUUGUAAAAACAUAACUAAGUGGCUGGAGGAUGAAGAUUCUAACUGGUGGUUUGCUAACAAGUUGCGAAAUCUUGUUAGCUUUUUAUUGAGAGAAAUAGAGUGUCAAAGAGCGUUAUACAGCGCAAGGGAAAUGAGUCAUUUCAGGCUUACUUGCCAACUGGCUAUCACUGAAGUAGAUGUAACGUCCUUUAACACCUGCAGAAGUUUUCCAGAUGAUAUUGUAUUAAAUGUGAAACCGUCUGCGGAGGCAGAGGAAGAGUACGUUAUGCUGAGGAAACAUGAUUCUCAGCUGUUUGAGAAGAAGUUAACCCGAAAUGCUACUCGCGCUUCCACAAGCAAUGUGGAACCAGCUGCAACUACUAAAAGUGCUGUUUCUGUAGAUGAAGCUACCGAUUACGCGAAAGACCAUGAUCCUCUUCUAAGUUACAGUUACUUGAAUGAGAAGAAUGAGGUGCGGUUUGCUGCGUCUUCCUUAUUAAAUUAUUAUCGUUGCAAAAAACAGCCUCGUCGAGAUUCCUAUGUUAAGGAUUCGCUUGCUAUGGGGGUUGAAGAAUGUAAAUUUCAAAUCGAAGAUUUUGCGAGCACUUCAGACGUUUCAUCAAGUGAAGAAGACAACGCUGUGAACGGGGUCAGUAAGGUGCGUCCUGUGUCGAAGCGAUAUGAGGCGUCGGAAUGA